AUGAAAGCCUCAGAAUAAUUUCCAUGUCCAAAGCAUCCUUGUGAAAUAAUGAAGUUUAUUUAUUUUGCUAAUGAUCCAUAUUAUAAUAAGAAACUUUGUAGCAUUUGUUUAAAAGAAGAUUUAAAUAUUGAAAAGAAUAAUGUAAUCAAUUUAGUUGAAUUUGAAAAACAAUUAAUUUAAUUUCAAGAAUUAUAAAGAAGUCUUGUAAGUUCUAAUUUUAAUUUAUUCAAUAUUGUAUUGAAAAUAAAAAAUGCAUUAAAUGAAAUAUUUGAAAAUACUUUAGAUAAAAUUAAUUAACAUUAAAAAACUUUAGCAACAAUUGAUAAGAGAUUAUAAUUUUUUUUUGAAUCUCAAACAAGUUAUAUGAAUCUAAAUCAAAUAGAGUAUUACAAAUCAUUAGUGGAAACACAAUCUUAAUUUUAAUCAGCUUUGAUGAAAAGUGAGAAAUCAUCAUAAAUUGUCUUACAACUCAACCUAAGAUUACGAGAAUUUUUUUUACAUAUGUUAAAUUUUGAAAAAGAAACCUAAAUAUUAAAUUAACAUAAUGAAUAAAAUUAAAUACCACAAGAAAUUGAAGAAUAAGUCUAACCUCUAAAUGCUUUCAUUGAUAGAAUUAAUUAAUAAAACUAAUAGGAUUAGUUAUAUUAAACAAGAACUUUACAUGAUUAAUCAACUUACACUAAUACAUAAUAAUCUGAAUCCAAUAUUGAACUUAUAGUAAUCAUUCAAGCUUUAAAUAAAGUUUAUCAUGUUUAAGUUUCCUCUGACAUACUAGUUGGAGAAUUGGCAUAAGAUUUUUUAAUUCGGCUUUAGAUAUAACAAAUAUAUUUUAUAACAUAAGAUAAUGUAAUUCUAUAGCCAACUAGAAAAUUUACAUUUUAAGAUUUUGGAAUCAGACAAACAAUUUUUGGUCUAAUUGAUUGA